AUGGAUGUGCAUCCCGAAUAUGUCGAAACAGCUAAAUCUAUCCUAUCUUUCGACAAUCGAAGUUACUUCAAAGCUGAGGAUAGUGGAUACCACACGUCGUUUACACCGGAGCAUUCAGGAUUAUCGAGUGGAUUUCUUGAUCAAUCAGUCGUAACAACAACAGGUUUUAUUGAUGAAAUACAAGUGGAUUAUGUUAGCCCGGAAACUACUUACAGGUACAACCAAUUAAAACCUCGAAAUGACAAUUCAGAAACUCCACCGCCAAGGCGGGCUGUCAAGCGACCCUAUUCGAGUGUCGAAUCUGCAAAACAGACAAUACCAACUCCCACAACAUGGAUUGCAGGGAAAAUUCAGAGUUUAGAAGUGAGUGAAGAUAAAGAGAAUUCUACUAUAUCCUUACCAUCAGACGUCUCUCAUAGUAGUGGGAACACAAGAUUCAUUUAUAGAUUAAACAUAUGUGAACAAAAGUUUUCAUAUCCUAUAACACCCAUCAAGAGGAACUGUAAACUAAGUCCUUGUAGAAAAUCCGGCAGAAAGCUAGACUUUGUAAUACAUUCCUUGUCAUGUGAUAAGCAUGAGCUAGAGCCAGUACCUAAAGAAGUAUCACAAACUAAAAUAGGAAAUACACAACCUAUUCUAGCCAGACCUGACCAAAAAAUAGAUAUAUUAGGAUUGUUAAACCAGAAAUGUGCCAUACCUCCAUUAAAAAAUAUUUUUAAAUACCUGAGUAAUGAUGAUAUUUGCACCUUCUGUUCUGUGAGUAGUACAUGGAAUGACAUUUGGAACUUGCACAACAGUGAUCAGAAGAAGCAAGAGAUACGUAAGCAUUUGAAAAAUGCUAAAGAAAAUCAAGAAAAUUGUGCAAAACAUGUCAUUACUAAAAACAGAGCAACUAAGGUUUUUGAUGGUUGCCUUAGACAAAUUCACAAUGAGCUUCAUGAGUAUCCUAUGAAUAGUACUCCACUUAGUCCGCAGUAUUCGCCAAGAACGAAUCGGUUCAGGAAAUUCAUCAAGUCUGCAUCUCUGGAUUCUCGCUUGCAGCUCUCGUGUGUAAGGUGUUCCCAUCCAGCAAAAGUGACUGAGGAACCCACUGGUGAAGAGUGGGUCGAGUGCACAAAUACUGCUUGCUCCUACCAAUUCUGCAGAUCGUGCAACUGCAGUAGGCAUCCAGGUAAGAGCUGUAAUCAGUACGACUUAAAUGCACCGAGCCCCUCUAAAAGAAAGAAAUGUGAUUAUGCUGUUGGUACAAGAAAGAGCAGAAAGAACUUACGUAGACUUCUGUGA